UUUCCUUUAAGAUGAUGAUGUAAGACGUUACUCCCCAUUAUGUUUUUCCACGCACCGCUGGAAAAACAUCAUCGUAACCGUUUUCACUCCGGUGCCAGCCUGGCCGUUAUUUCUGCUCUCUUCUCUGCACAGCAGUUUGGAGACGUAGAGAUGGGAGCGCGCUGCACCGGUGUCAGGAUUCUAUCUUCACUUUCAGAAAAGAACAGCACGCGCACGGCAAUUUCAGCACAGUCUCUGUGGACAGCGAACCUGCCAUUGAUUCAGGCAUAUAAAGUUACACUGGACUAUUAAUGUAAAACAAGGACUGGAGCUUGCCUUGCAGAAUCAAAGAAGUUGGACAUUUUUAUCCAGAACGGACUGAAGUGCAGAGGUGAUCAAUUAUAUUUUCGAUCGAUUAUGGAAUAAUGGUGAUUUCACGAUGAUUUCACUGUAGGAUUAUAUUAAUGGACUCACAGCAAUGGAUGUGUGUAAAAAUAUGUGCGUGCACUGCAUGUGGGGACCGAUUUAAUUCCACAGAAGACAUGCACAUUCCAUCCCAUAUAGAAAACUUUUUGGGAACAUCUGCGCGCCACACCUUGACCGGGAUUUGGUUUUAUGCAUGAACUAAAAAUGGCACUGAGUGAGAAUUGUAAAACCCAGCCGGCUAAAGAAACAGGGUCGGUGCAAAACCCGCCGUCUGAUGUUAUUGAAUUAAACGUGGGAGGUCAGGUAUACUAUACUCGUCUCCAUACUUUAACAAGCAUCCCCAAUUCCUUACUGGGACGGUUAUUCUCCAUCAAGAAGGGGUCCUCGUCGAACGAUUUGGCGCGGGACCUCAGGGGACGUUAUUUUAUCGACAGAGAUGGUUUUCUGUUCAGAUAUGUCUUGGAUUAUUUGAGAGAUAAGCAGGUCGUCCUACCGGAUCACUUCCCGGAGACAGGGAGGUUAAAACGGGAAGCAGAAUACUUUGAACUGCCCAAACUGGUCAAACUGUUGGCGUCCGAGGAAUCUAACAUUUUUCAGGACGACCCGUUUCAUAGUGAUUUCGACAACGCGUCGCUAAACAGCGACCAGCGGAUAUAUUCCUCAUACUCUCUGGACGGGAGAUAUGGAUACUUAACCGUCGGUUUCAAAGGCACGUGCGCGGCACCGGGGGGCAAAAACAGUCAGAUUAACCCCAAAUCCAAAAAAGUAGUACCCAGAAUCUUCAUCAGCGGAAGGAUCGGCCUUGCCAAAGAGGUGUUCGGAAACACCCUGAAUGAGAGCCUAGACGCAGACAGGGCUGCGGACAGGUACACUUCCCGGUUCUUCCUCCGGUUCUGGCACCUGGAGCGGGCCUUCGACAUGCUGUCGGAGAGCGGGUUCCACAUCGUUGCCUGUAACUCGUUGCUCACCGCCUCUUCCAUCAGCCAUUACGCACCUGAGAAAGUAUGGUCCAAUUUCACGCAGUACGUCUUCUACCGUGGCCCAUCCAGGUGGUCUUCGUCCCACUGCGACUGCUGCUGCAAGAGCCACAAGAGUGAGCGCGAGGGAGAGAGUGGCACAUCUUUGAACGAGCUCUCUACUUCCUGCUCCGAGACCCAAUCAGAAGCCAGUUCCCCUCAGGGCACUGUCAUCUGUGGUUCCAUCAGCCGUCAGCCUCACCCCGUCGCCCAGACCCUGGACCGGCCACUGAAGAAAGGGCCCGUUCAGCUGCUCCAGCCGUCGGAGGUGAGGAGGAAGACGGACCUGCUCCGUGUGAGGACCAUGGGGAUCAGGGAGCACCGGGACGCUGCAGCCAAGAGGAAGGCCAACAAGGAGAAGUUAACACCGGAGCAGGAGCUGGAGAGGUGCAUCCAGGACUUCCACAGGAUCAGGAUUCCUGAACGCUUCCCGGAGAGGAAGUACAUGUGGCAACAAGAACUGCUGAGGAAGUACCGUCUCUAA